UGCUUUGGGACUAUACCUCAUCAAAUACUUCCAGGCUCGAAGCAGAAGAUUAUAUCGCAAGUGUUCCACACUCAUUUGAAGCAAGACAAGUUUCCAGGAGCUUUCAAUUGACUUGCAUCCUUAUAUCAGACAAAGGGUCUCAUCUACUGUGUCACUAGCCGCUCCUAUAACGUCAUCAUCAGACGUGCAUGGGAAGAAUGAAGCACAUAUUAGCGACCAUCUGUGUCAUGAGCCUCGUCGCAUUUGCUGCCAAUGCAGAAAGACAGCCAGAAGAUGAUUCCCUCCUUGACGAAACGUUCAAAGAUGUGGAACGAGAUGCUGCUCACAUUGGUGAAAUUCAUCGAGAGGUGGUACAGACCCUAACCGAGAGUGAGAAACUGGAGGCUCGGAGUGAAGAGAACAUAUUUCAGGACUUCUGGGAAACAACAACGGAAGCAGUAACGAACGGCGUGAAGAAGAUAACAGGUUCUAUCGUAGGGGCAGUCGCGAAUGCCACGAACAGCGUGCAGAAGAUAACAGGUUCUAUCGUAGGUGCAGUCGUAAAUGCCACAAACAAUGUCAGGCAGGCCGUAACUGACGUCUACCAAAAGAUAAAGGACAAGGCAGUCGAAACCGUGUCGAAAAUAGUAUCCUUCUUUACGAGUAUUUUCACUGGCCAAGAUCCUAAGACACCCACCACUUCCACGGAUGUCCCAAGCGAUUCCAACCAGCAAGCAGCACAGCAACCUAUGAACGUCGCCCAGCGUGGUGAAACACCUUAUAGCUGAUGAAAAUACAGCAACGUGUGGCUCCUGCCCGAAUAAAAAUUGAUGAAUCUUUAAAAAUUGA